AUUCAAUUUAUAUAUAUAAACACAAUAAGUGUAGUGUAGAGUAGUGUACUACUUCUAUUUUUAUUUUUGUUUGUUUGUUUUUUUUCAAAUGGGGAAUUGUUCUCCAAAAUCAUGUACUUCUUCUACCAAUGUUUCAUGUGAUAAAAAUAGUCCUAAGAAGAACUCUUCCUCUAUAAGGGUCCUCAAAGAUUCAGGCUCUAUUCUUGAGUUUAAAUCUCCUAAAUUAGCUUAUGAAGUUCUUAAUUCUCACCCCGGAUAUGGUAUUUUCAAACAAGGUCAUGGAUCAUCACCCUUGUCCGAAAACGAGAAUUUAGUAGAAGGAAAAUUCUACUACCUUCUUCCGUUAAAGAGUAAUAAUACUAUGAAAGCUGAAUACAUAGCUGCUGCUGACGCUGAUGCUGAUAAGACAAAUAAGAAGAAAAUGUCAUUGUCUCAUUCAGCGUCGGCUGAGUUUGUUGAUAAUUUGGCGAGUGGUAACUCGGGUAUGAUGCAAGUGUUGCCCUCGGGCGGAAAUGGGGUUUGGAAGGUGAAAUUGAUGAUUGACACUAAACAAUUGGAAGAGAUUUUGUCUGAACAAGGUAACACUGAGGCUUUGAUUGAGAGAAUGAGAAUGGUUGCUUCUUCUUCUUCUUCUGGACCACUCACACCUAGACAUAGUAAGAGUAAAUGGAAGUCUAAUUUUUCUAACUUGUUCAAUAAAGAUGAUCAUAGUUAGUUCUUUUUUUGUUUUUGUUUGAUGGGUUUGUUAAGUUUAGUAGUGCCUUUUAUAUUUUUCCUACUUGAAACUUCAUGUUUUUGUAGGAGAGAUUAUUAUUUUUAAGUUUUGAUUAUCUCAUAAUGUGUUUGGGUUAGUUUUUAUGUAUGUUGUUUGUACAUGUAAACAAAGAAAGAGUUUGAUUUUUUAACUUACUCUUAUUUAAUGUGCAAGAAUAAAUAUGUAUAUAUUUAUUGUUUUUAUAAUGAUCUUGUGAGUAUUU